UGGACCGAAUCAACGCUAUGAAUUUAGUACAUCUAUUGCUUGCUCUACAAAUCGUUGAAGUUAAAGUGUUCAAAGUGACACAAGCAAAAUGCAAUUUGUCUCCGUGUGAAGUUCUCGAGGUAUUGACCACAGGCCGUAGACCCGAUCAGCCAAACAGUGGCUGUACCAGCGAGCUCCAUUGGCGUAAACUUGACCGACGAUUACAAGCUAUAGAACAACCGGUAUGGUCUAUAAGCUUUGGGCAGUCACGUUGGCGUCAAUGUUCCAAGGGCUUGUGUAGAUGUGAUGCUACUCACCGCUCGCUCAAGUGUUGGCGGACUGGGCUUACUACCUUAUCCCCAGAUUUGAUUGUACCAGCUGAUUUGUAUACUAUAGACCUCGGCACAAACAGACUGCGCACUUUACAUAAAACUACAUUUAAAGGGAUGCGGUCGUUAACGGAACUGGACAUGUUUGACAAUCACGUCGAAUUCUUACCUUCUGGGAUUUUCGAUUCCCUUGUUAAUUUACGGAUUUUGCGCUUGCAAAGGAACUAUUUAGAAGAAAUCGACAGCGAAGCGUUCAGAUAUACGAAAAAACUAUUUCAUGUUGAUUUGUCUAACAACUUUUUAUAUACACUGCCCGAAAGGCUAUUUGUUAACAAUUCCUAUCUAGAAACAAUCGAUAUUUCGAACAACCAAAUCAUAUACAUACCUUCCGACACAUUUGUUGGACUUGAAUCGCUUACAAUAUUAGAUUUGUCAAGAAAUAAAAUUCAACAAAUAGAAAAUGGAACAUUUAAUUUGAACAAUCUUCAAAUUUUGAAAUUGUCAGAUAACAAAAUAAAUAAUAUAACGGAAAAUGCAUUUGAAAAUCUCUCUUCCUUAGAAACAUUGCUGCUAGAUAAAAAUAAUUUACAAAAUAUUCCUACGAAUUUAUUUCGCCGUUUAUUUUGUUUGACCUUCUUGGAUUUGUCCAAUAAUCAUUUGAUUACUCUAACUGGCCUAGAAUUCCUAAAGCUCAGACAGCUUCGGACCUUGGAUUUAAAAGAAAAUUCCAUAUCAGAAAUCCCCGACGAUAUUUUCAUGAAUUGCUCUAAUUUAGAGAAACUGGAUUUAGCCAAAAACAAAUUACGUUUUUUAAAUAUAUCAGCUUUCCAUGGCUUAGAAAAUCUAACAUCACUUAUACUGUCUGACAAUCAAAUUUACGAAGUUCAUUCUAAAACAUUUUCGACGCUCAAGAAUUUAACGACCCUGUAUUUGGAUAACAACAUGUUUCCAUCUCUGCCGUCACGUACACUAGACUAUAUGCCCAAACUUGCAAACGUCAAACUCUCCAAUAACCCGUGGCAUUGUGAUUGUCAUGCUCUUUAUGUAUCUGCAUGGGUACGCUUGAACGAAAUGAAGAUAUGGGAUUAUUCGCCUACUUGCGUAUCCCCUUGGUAUUUAGAAGGUCAUUUUCUUAAGAAACUAAAAUUUCCUGAGCUAUGUUCAGGGCAAUGGGCCAGCAUGGUAAAUCUUUCGCCACGGCUGCCAAUGCAGCAGCUUCUUUCUCUCAAUGUAAGCGUCAACAGAAAACCUCAAGGCAGCAUAGAGCAUCAUGGAGAUAUAGACGGUUGGAACUAAGACAAUCAAAUAGAUUCUGAAAUUAAUAUAAUCUGUAAUUACAUCGUAUUUUCUAGAUAUCAUUUGUAACCUUAUUAUUAUAUUUAUAUUAAUAAUUACUUACACUUACUUAAAUAUAGUCAAAAUUCGGUUCGGAAAUAAAAUAUCUUUACCUCAGAAGAACCGGCAAAAGAAACUCAUCGCAUUUUUUGGCUAUUUUUAUAAUUAAAACAACUUUGUUACAGCUAAUUACCAAAGUAUGCUAUCCAUGAACUCACUAAUAACAAUUUGUACACAAAUUUUACUUUUCAUUUUCUUUUUGGUUUGUUUUUUGUUAUGUUUUUUGAACAACCGUAGACAUAGCCCAACAAAAAAUUACUGACUAUGCUGUCGUAAAAAUUAAAUAUUCUAGUUCUACUCUUUAAAAGAAAUGAUUAUUAGUAACGUGUUAGAUGCAUGAUAUAUUUUUGUAUAGGUUCAUUCACUAGUUAUCUAGGAAGAAAAGUAUAUCUUAUGAUUCGGAGUUUAAUAACCGAAUGUCUUAUCGAAUUAUCAAAUUAAAAAAAAAAACUUAAUUCUAUCGUACUUUAACAACCAUUUUUAGGUUACUUCAAAUGUAAAGCUACCACCAGAUCGGAAUGUGGAUUCUAAUUUCUACCGAGAAGAUUAAAAACUGAGUAAAUCUACCUGAAAUUUAAAUCAAUUAAUAUUCAAAUCAACACACAUAUUAACAAACAUACAUAUUAACAAAGGAUUUAUAAUUAUUCUAUUGCAAGCAAAAUAUAAGUCCAGUCUU